AUGUGUUACCAUCGAUACACUUCGCACCCUUGCGGCCACAAGAGUCGGUCGCUUGGCAAAUGCACUAUCGACACUCUGGCUACACAAGUGCCGUUUUGCGACCAUUAUCAUGUCCUGAAUGAUCGCUCCUUGACUUCCUGUGGCGGUAGUUACUGCAAAGAGGACAAAGAGACUGCUCAUUGGGUUGAGAACGGGUCGACUCUACUGGAAGCAUGUCACGAUGAUCUUGCGGACCUCAAGUAUCGCCUUCAGACUCUUCAUCGUGAGCUCCAGGCUGCUUCCGACUACAAGAACGCUUUUGGCUCUUUACAGGGAAAGGAAGUUGACAGAGUCCGAUCUAAGCACGAUGAAUAUGAGGAGCUGCGUCAGAUCUACAAAGAGACCAGAGACAGACGUCAGCUCAUCUUGGACGGCAUCCAAAAGGCUAAGGAGAAGCGACAGGCUGAACAUACAGAGAAAAUGCGCAGAGUACAGCAGUACGUCAACACGCACAAACCGCAAUCUGCUCUUGCUGCUUCACCGCAAGGUCCUCCGAAGACCAAUCAUAUGUUCGAGGGACGAAGAUUGAUGAAGCGCGCAGACUCGAAGGUCGUGUCCAACCCAUCUCCACCUAAGAAGAGGCGUGGAAGACCUCCAAAGGCCAAACAGAUGGACGCCGUGGAGGUUCCAACGCAAAGCACUCCUGAAGUACCUUCUCAUGAUGCUCAACCCAACAAGGAUAAAUCACCCAUGGCCAACAACCAAAAUUUGGUGCCUAAACGCCAAUCAACCAGACACAACAGUACGAAGGAGUCACCUGUUCAGCAUACCUCAGCAGCUGCUGUUCGUCGUAGCGGACGUACCAAGCAGCGAGUCAGCUAUGCUGAAUCGCCUACGUCUUCACCAGAGCACUCUGCUUCAGAACAGCCCGAAUACGACUUGGGAUUCACAGGCGUCAGCCAGUCCAAGAGAUCAACGAUAGCCACCAGAGCCACAAGAAACAAGGAAAGCUCGCAGCAAGACGAGUUUUAUGCUACCGACGAGGAUGAUAACGACGAAGAAGAUCACGGUUUGAAUGAAGAUGGUGCAUGGCAGGGUGAUGAAGGAGCUGAAGAAGAUAACAUGGAACUUGAGCCCACUCCUAUUCAAAAGGCACGUUCGAGUGCAAAACGCAAUGCGGCAUCACCUCCUAGCAGUUCGCGUCCCACUAAACGUCUGGCCGCAAUUGCAUCCAGAGACACUACUCACCGUGGUUUUGAUCCCUACAGUGAAUCGGAAUCGAUAGAUGUCAAUGGCCAGCAUGACGUUCCAGGUCUGGACCAUGGAUGGGCAUACACUACAGCCCACUCGACUACCUCCAAAGGCGCCUAUGACAUGCCCUGGAUACCGGGAAACCACAACCUGGCCAUCGAGAACAAGUAUCACCUGCUGCAUCACACCAAGCCGGUGCCAGAUGAACUGACCUCUAAUGCCAUGAACCUCCAGGGUCAGAACCCAGAUGAUCCUGACAUGUCACCACUGCGUCGAUCAGACUGGCUGAACGGACUGGGUAGAGCUGGGAUGGUCGUAUCACUCGCCGAUUUUCACGAUACCAACAACUACGACUUUGAUGUGUCUGCCAUGAGCAUGGCUGUUGCUGAUCUCAAUGCUCAGCAGGGCUAG